GUUCGGGCUUGUCGGUCGCAAUCAACCAGUCGCUCCUGGCAGUGGUUCCACGAUUCGGUCGUUGUCCUAGUCUACCAAGUGUCCCUCACCAAUACAGCUCCAAGGGCUGACCCCCGGGGGUUACGGAAACCUAAACUAACACAUAAGCAACAAUAAUAAUAGCAACAACAUCCCAGCCGCAGCAGCAGUAGCAUUCAAGUCUGGUUCACUGUUGAAGGAAAUUACAGUGGUGAGAGUGUUUAUGGUUGAAGUUUGGGAUUCAAGAAGGAAGGGUGAUAAAUCUCUGUGCGAAUAUUGCUGUAGAACCAACGACAAGUUUAUGGGUUAGAUGAAUUCUGUGCUCUUCUUCCAUCUGAACCACAUUGUACCCAGGGAAACCGCGGAUGAUGGCUGAUUUUUUACGUAUGCAGUGUGAAUUCUGGCAGCGAUGCAUUCGCGUGUAGAUAUGUGAAUUAGAGUUGUGCUGCUGGGUACACUUCUCCUGAUUGAGAAAUAGGGUUACGUAACAAUUUUUGAGGUACUACUACAAGAGAGAAAGAGUAUAGUUUGCGCUUGGAGAGGAGUUUUCGGGUUUAGGGUUCGCUGUAAGCAAACACAUUGUGGCACAUUGCUGCUGCCUCCCAGCCAUGAGCUCUGCCGAAUUGUUUUCUUACGAAGGGAAAGUGAAAAAGGAUCUCUCUUAGUUCCGCUGAAGGAAAGCAAACCAAUGUCGUCGGGAGCUCCAAGUGUCUAUGAAAAUAAAUUCUUUUGUCGUUGUGUAUGUGCCAUUGAAAGAAAACAAAAUAAAAUCGCGUUGCGUUUCAUACAAUAGAGAAAAUAAUCGAUAAAUAUCCCGGUUUGAGAAUUUCCCGCUUAACACCAGACUGGAGAAGAUUGAGCGAUUUCGGGUGGUGUAUCGACGACGGGGGAUUCAAAGAACGGCUCUCAGAAACUCGCAUCAACUUCUGUUUCAGCGUUUCAACUGGUGGAAUGAAAAGACUUGCGGAACAUUAUCAAAGGAUUGAAAAGUCACACACCAACGAAUACAUCCUCCCCAGCUUCCGCUGUGUGACCAGUUCCUGAAUAGGAAUAAAAAAGGACGCCAGAGAGAGCGCAAAGUGACAAAAGCUCAACGUGGCAUUAAUGAUAUACGAGCGAAGCACUGUUCCAGCGACAAAGUCUAUUGCUGCGUUGUCGUCGAGUAUCGUCCUUCAAAUGUGGGGGAGUAGGUGUUUGUUAGAGGGAUUGUGUUAAGUGCGGUUGUGUGUUAUUCGCGAUCAUUAUUAUUCUCGGCUGUGGCUCUGAGUUGUGUGAAAUCUGAUAUCGUGCCCCUUUGUGUCGGAUUGUUCAGUUUUAAUUUUCAGACAGGAUAAAUAUACGCGCCCUAGCGCGCAAGAGGCAGCUGUCUACGAGCUGCUGGGGAAAAAAUGUUUCCAAAGUAGAGUGGUCCCAACCCACGAGUGAAGUGUGUUAGAAGGGCAGAUAAAAAAAAGCUCACCAUAAAGUGUAAUUUUUUGUAUUUCCCGGUAUUUUCUCCUCGUAAAAGUGUUCCCCAUCGUCCCGUAACCGAAGGCAGUUUUCAAGCGUAUUCAGCGCAAAAUAAGGCUGAUAUUAAUAAUCGUACAGACGUGGCGUUAUCAGGCCCGGACCAAAUAAAGCACAAUGGAUGGGACAAUCUCGACGACAACAGAGACUAAUCCGGCAGGCACCAAUCUGCCAACCUCGAGUGUACUCCUGCCGGACGAAGUUCUCGAGAAGCUGUACCGGAGCUACACACUCAAGCAGAAGCGUGUUGCCUUUGGGUGCUAUCUGGCGGCUUCCAUACUGUUUGAUUUAUGGGCCAUCCUGGUGCCGCAAGGACAGGGCUGGGAAAGCAUAGCGGUGACGAGUGUUUUCCUAACGCUGAACAUCAUACUAGUACUGUUGCUGCGGUUCUGUGGCAAAAGCCGAUUUCGUAGGUGCAUCUGGGAGGUGGCCCCACACGCCGCCUGGCUAUUGGCGAUCAAGCAGCUCUUCCUGCAAUUGUUCCUUAAAGGAACCGUUACACCGAGAGAUUCCCUCGGAUGGGCUGUGCUGCUCAAUUUUUUAGUGUACGUAACGCUGCCGGUGCUGCUGAAAUACACUGGUAUUCUGCUGGGACUCGGUUCCUUCAUAACCUACAUCAAUGCCAUCAUUGGGCUGGCCAAGAAGGAAAACUAUUUCUGGGAACAGCAAAUAGCGAAUAUACUGCUGCUUGUCGCUGCGACGGCCAUCGGACUGCUGUUCUACUUUCUGGCGGAAGCGAAACAACGAAGAGCUUUUCUUGAAGCGAAACAAGGCCUAGAGGUGAAGAUGCUGAUCGAGGAACAAUCCGCUGAACAGGAACGUCUUCUGCUAUCGGUCCUGCCGGAGCACGUCGCGGUGAAAAUGCGACAAGAUCUGGGAUCAACAAACUCUGAACAGUUCAAGAAAAUCUACAUGAGCCGUCACGAAAAUGUCAGCAUCCUCUAUGCAGACAUCGUCGGAUUCACCGCCAUCUCGUCCACCUACUCGGCCCAAGAUCUGGUAAAAAUUUUAAACGAACUUUUUGCCCGUUUCGAUCGCUUAGCGGAGAAAUACCAACAAUUAAGGAUAAAGAUCCUGGGCGAUUGCUACUACUGCAUCAGUGGAGCUCCCGUGGAACGACCGGACCACGCUGUCCUAUGCGUACACAUGGGGCUCUCAAUGGUGAAAGCCAUCAAAUAUGUUCAGCAAAAUACCAACUCGCCGGUCGAUAUGAGAGUGGGCAUUCACACGGGUGCCGUACUGGCUGGGAUACUGGGCCAGCGGCAGUGGCAGUUUGAUGUUUACUCGAAGGACGUCGAAUUGGCCAACAAGAUGGAAUCCAGCGGGAAGGCAGGACGGGUUCAUCUGUCGGAGAAAACGUUGAGCUUCCUCAACGGGGAGUUUGAGGUGGAGCCCGCAUACGGGGAAAAGCGCGAAGAAGCACUGCGAAUAGCUGGUCUCAAGACCUAUUUCAUUACCAAAGUAUUGAAACCGUUCUGCCCCGCCGAGCAUAGGAUGAACGGUUCUGCUGAUCCCAAGGACGUUGUCAUAGAACCGGAUGGGCCGUCGGAAAUACUCAACGACGAGGAUGGGUUGAAGACGCCAGCCGAUGAGGAAUCCAACGCCGGGCUCGAUGAUAAGGAAUCCAACGCCGCAGAGGACUACAAGGUACGGCUACGCAAGGAGCUGGUUAGCCGCGAUGGCUACCGGGAGAUUUACAAGGACAUCGACCUGCUGCUUCGGUUCAAGGACAGCGAGAUUGAGCAGGCUUACGCGCAGUACCGUCAACCGCACAGCUCGAUUCCACUGCUGGCGGCCCUCAUCGUGCAGUUCACCGGAAUUGUUUUCUCUGUCCUAGUUCUUCCACGGACUUCCUUGCAUUUUGAAAUAGUUAUCCCACCGCUGGUGAUUAUUUUCAUUCUGGUGUUCAUCUCGGUUGCGGAAAGUUUUCCCGGGAUUCUGCCAGCUUUCAUCACAUUGAACAGCAAACGUUUCAAUGACUCUGUCGGAAUACGCAAAUCAACUGCAAUAGUAAUCGUUCUGCUAAUAGGAAUAUCGAAUGCUAGUGACAUGCUGGCAGCCGCUGGUAGAACCCCGCAGCAACUGAACAUCACCAAUGUGUCAUUCCUGUCCAGCGAGAUGCAUCCGUCGUCCAUCUGUCUGUUUCCGUCGUAUUUCAGCAAUUUCACCGUACUCAUCCUGAUUGUCGUAUCCAUCGUCACGCAGUUGUCCCAUUUAAGCAAGAUAGCGCUGAUGAUCAUUAUAGCCGCCAUCCACUGUUACAUCAACGUUUUCCACCUGGAUGAAGCCUUCCGGAACGAGGAUUUCGAGAUUUUGAAUGUGUUUCCUCUUAAAUACACACUUUCGGCUCUGCUGGUUGCCGUAACGAUCGCCCUGUCACUGCUGGCUCGGCAUAUUGACAAAGUGGAUCGGGUGAUUUUCAUGUGGAAGACGGAAGUCAGCGACCAGAAGGAGAAGGCGAGCGAUAUGCGAAGGCGAAAUGAGGCUCUGGUGUAUAACGUGCUUCCGAUGCAUGUGGCUGAGCAUUUCAUGGGUAAUCGGAAACGGCCUCACGACGAGCUGUAUUCCCAAAGUUACGCCGAAGUGGGCGUACUGUUCGCCAGCAUGCCCAACUUUUCCGACUUCUACUCCGAAGAGACGGUCAACAAUCAAGGGUUGGAGUGUUUGCGUUUUCUUAACGAGGUGAUAUCGGAUUUUGAUGCGCUUCUUGAAUUAUCCCAGUUCCAAGACAUAAUCAAAAUUAAGACAAUCGGUUCCACGUAUAUGGCUGCCAGUGGCUUGAACCCCUCACGCAUUGUGAAACCAGAGGAUUCAAUCGCCGUGCGAUGGGCCCAUCUUUCCCUGCUUGUUGAAUUCGCACUGAAUUUGAAGAGCGCGCUGAAAUCAAUCAACGAACAAUCAUUCAACCAUUUCGUACUUAAAAUGGGCAUCAAUCACGGUCCGAUAACGGCAGGUGUUAUUGGCGCUAGAAAGCCCCAUUACGACAUUUGGGGAAACACAGUGAAUGUGGCCUCCCGAAUGGAGAGUACAGGCAAAGCGGGAGCUAUCCAGGUAACUGAAGAGACCUGCCAAAUUCUGCAAACAUUUGGAUACACAUUCGAGCAACGAGGCUUGGUGGCUGUGAAAGGUAAAGGACAACUAAUGACAUACUAUUUGCAACAGAAGAAGAAUGCUUCCCCGAUCCUACCGGUUACCACAAUGGAAACCGUUCAAGAGGUUGAAGAACCCAAAGAAUCCCCACCAGCUCUACAAACUGGGUCACCUGCCCAUCAGAUCACCUCGGUUUCCUCCAGCACUACCAGUCCGAACAGUGUGCGACUGAAUCAAGAAUAUGUAGAGAUGAAGGUGAGUAGUGUCUCGAAUGCUGUAGCUACGAGUGGGCUGCAGCAAAAUGCUCCUCAUGCCGAUGAGCAUAAGCAACAGCAGCAACAGCAGUCGUUCGGAGGCAUAACUGUGACAGACAAGGAUUCGAAAACGGAUGAUGGAACGAAACCAGUGUUCAAUGGUGAACCCGAGGAAGCUGAUGUGAAAACUCCACUUCUGAAAGAUAAAAAUAGCACUAACGCCAAUCAUUUUAGCGAAGGCGAGAAAGACGCACUGCUAGAGAAUAGUAAUUAAGAAUCUCGCAAUCUAGAUUACGUAGUAUUAGUUCAUAGGAUCGUAAAACACUGGAUGGGAAUAUGAGGAACAACCGUUAGGUUCAUUAAUCCACGAGAACUUCGGGCUAAUAUUUUGGCUGUUGGCAAACCAUUUCCCACACAGUGCGCACACGGAAAGAUAAUCAUGCUCGAGGGAUAGUGCUCUAGUUUAGCAGAAAAAACACUAAUAAAUGUGCUACCUUGGAAUGUAAGUAGAGUAUAGAAGAACAAUAACUUGUAAACAUAGAUAUCUUAUAGAGUAGAAUGUGAAUGCUAGCAAACGAACGAAUGAACGAUCGAUGAUAGUUUUAAUGGGUUUAGAUUAAUUUGAAAUUAUACCUUGAGUUUACACUUACCCUAUUGCGAUAUUAUGAACAUGACGAAAGACUGCCGUAAACUAGGUUUUACUCCAUUUCUACAUUUUUCACGGAUCCGUUAGAUGUAGCUCUCACUGUGUGUGCUUUUCACUUCAUCUCGAGCAAUAGGUGAUAUUUUUUUGCACAGACGUACAAUGUUGCAGGCAUAAUUCAAUGUAAAAUGAAAAUAUUCCACCGAACUAAAAAAAAUCAUUGAUAUUUGGUAUCACAUAGGCAUUUGUACAAAAAUAAAGAAAACUACACAAUGUAAUCCAAACUUACCACAUUCGGAAAAUAUUCACAUUUGUAGUUCGAACGAAAACAACAUAUCUAUCAGCAGAAAAAAAGGAUUUUCCGACCGCUAAAUCAUACAACACAAGUCGUCUGAUGUACAAAUUGAGUUUCUGCAAUAUGUUCAGUAUUGACAUAGAAGACAAUGACAUUAUCAUCCAACCAAGAACACCUGUUUUUGUGUUCCUGAACUAAGCAACAAUAGCAAUAAUUGCACAUAUUGCAACAAACGCCAUUAACAACGACUCAUAUGUUCACUUCUCGUAACUAAGCAUCCUGCACUAUCACUUCAUUCAACAGUUUCACCUAUACUUUGUUAUGUUUACGAAAUCUGAGUACAAAUCGUUAACUAAUUCCAAAACAAAAAGAGAACACUUUUUACUGUUUGUAUCGAUGACACGGGAAAGAAAUAGAUUUUUAACGUGAACACAUUUCUAUUGUUGACCAUAGCAAACAUGACCUACCGCUGUUAGAAGCUGCUGAAAAUGUAAUGUAGCUAUAACAAAAAAGUAUAACAUCAAAGCAACCAAAACCACAAACACAAAAAACAAUGUAAGUAAGGCUAAGUAAAACGUGAGUGAUAUUCUCGUAAUA